UUUUCUUAUAUAGUACAGUUAUUAAGUGCCAAAGAUUUAUUACAAGCUUGUGAUACAAAGAGACAGCAGCGUCCAGCAAAAGGGUAAACGUUAUCUUGCAGGAAGUUAACCUGAAGCGAAGGGAAAUUAUUCGACUUUCUAAGCAACAAGAAUCUCUGGAUUUAAAGAGACAGGGCUUGUGGGUACAAGCUGCAAUGAUGUUUGCUCAGAGUGUGGUCCUCCUGCAGCUGGCUUGUCUGCCCCUUUGUCUUGCACAGAAUGGUGCAUUCUACAUUAAUGGCAACGGAAAUGGCAAUGGGAAUGGUGAGCAUUACAACAGCGUCAAGCUUCAUAUUGAAACCCAAAAGGACAGACUCUUUGCAUACCGAGGGGAGAAUGUGACCCUGACUUGUCACUACCAUUAUGAACCAGCAGUGAACGUGACCCGAAAGGUCAGGGUUAAAUGGUCCAAACUCAACAUGGAUUUCUCCAAGGAGAGCGACGUUAUUGUGGCAAUUGGACUGCGCCAUCGCAGUUUUGGGGAGUUCAGGGGUCGCGUCUACCUGCAGCAGAAUGACGAGCGUGAGGUGUCGCUGGUCAUCACUGAUGUCAGGCUGGAGGAUUAUGGGAAGUACAAAUGUGAAGUGAUUGAUGGGCUGGAGGAUGAAAGCAGCAUUGUUGAGCUGGAGUUAAGAGGUGUGGUCUUCCCUUACCAGCCACACCAUGGACGGUACCAACUGAACUUCCACGAUGCCAAGCAAGCCUGCGAGGAGCAGGAUGCUAUGAUCGCCUCCUUUGAGCAGUUGUUCCAGGCCUGGGAGGAGGGGUUAGAUUGGUGCAAUGCUGGCUGGCUGAUGGAUGGCUCGGUGCAGUACCCCAUCACAGUGCCACGUGGACCAUGCGGUGGCAAGCACAGCUCUGCAGGCAUCCGGAAUUACGGCCAGCGGCACAAAAACCUCCACCGAUACGAUGUGUUUUGUUUCGCCUCGACUCUGAAAGGUAAACUGUACUUUUUACGCCGUCCGCUGAAGUUCACCUUUGACGAAGCUGUGAAAGCCUGCCACGCCGCUGGCAGCGAGAUUGCUAAAGUGGGCCAGCUCUACGCCGCCUGGAAGUUCUUCAAGUUUGACCGCUGUGAGGCCGGCUGGGUCGCUGAUGGCAGUGUUCGCUACCCCAUUGCCUUCCCACGGCCUAAGUGCGGCCCACCAGAGCCAGGCGUUCGCUCUUUUGGCUUCCCGAGGAAGGAGAAUGCAAAGUUUGGUGUCUACUGCUUUAACCUGAGCUAAAGGCCCAGGGUGUGUGGCUGUGUUGAUCACAGGAGGACCUACACUUCAGUUGCCUUCAUGGAUUAUAGCGGCAGUACUCAUCUUUUAAAGGUGAAAUCAGAUUAUUUAAGGAAAACCAUUAGAAGAUUACUUUAUGAUCCCCAAAUCUAAUUGGAGAAUCCUUUUCUAAUUUGCAUCAAUUUGAAAUUUCCCACAUACAUCUUUUUUUUGAUUUCCAUAGCACAUUGACUUAUAUUCAUUUCAGGAGGACCUUGGGUAAAGAAAAUAUUAAACCUGGCCUGUAAGAAUUCACUAAGGCAGCUUUCGAUACUUUAAAAUGGCUUGUUAUAUGCCGAGACUCCAUGCUGUCACUUUUGCAUUCAGAAUCUCUCUUCCCCCUGACUUCUUCACCUGCUUCCCUCGUCCCUCCUUCCUUUUCGUUUCUCCACUGUUCUGUCUUCAUUUAAGAGCCCAGAAUAGUCCAAGCAGUGAUCUCAGUCAUAGCAACCUGGGGUCAAAUCAACUUAUUUGGAGGCAAAAGACUUAGUGUUGCAUUGUCAGGUACCCAACCUAGAACCAUUAGUUUGGGGUUUAGCAAAUGAGCCCAAGGUAUCACCUCUGGAAUAUUUAAAUUGAAAUAUUAUAAUGCAACACAUUAUACUUUGUAAAGCAUGAUACCAUAUUAACAAACUGAGCACAGUUCAAUGAUUGACACUUGGAGGUGGCAUGGACGCUCAGUGGUUAUCACCACUGCCUCACGGCACCAGGGUCCUGGGCUCGAUUCCACUCUCGGGCGACUGUCUGUGUGGAGUUUGCACAUUCUCCCCGUGUCUGUGUGGGUUUCCUCUGGGUGCUUUGAUUUUUUUUUUUCUUUUUCCCUCCACCACAGUCCAAAAGAUGUGCAGGUUAGGAUGGACUGGCCAUGCUGACUUGCUCCAUAAUGUCCAGCGAUGUGCAAGCUAGGUGGAUUAGCCAUGGGAAAAUGCAGGGUUACAAGGAUAGGGUAGGGGCGGUGGGUCUGGGUGGGAUGCUCUUUGGAGGGUCAGUGUGCACUUGAUAGGCUGAAUGGCCUGCUUCCAUACUGUAACGAUUCUAUGAUUAACAACCAGUUUACAUAAUAAUUGUGGUCCCGUGUUCAGUUCUGUAAUAUGACACAGCUCACCAUGUUGGAAAAAGUGCUGUACACUAGAUCCAGUCAUUAUGUGGCUAAGUUAAGCGAAGCAGCAUCCCAAAACAAAAUUGUAUGUUGGAAGAUGCAAUUUGAAGAUCAAUUUUUUUAUCAGUAAAUUGACAUUUAUUUUGGAAUCCGGGUUGGUAAAACUUAAGUGUUUUGUGAUAGACCAGAGAUCAGAGAAGAAAGCCAAACAAAAAUGGCUGAAUGAUAUGUGAACCUCCUCCAACAGGAACUCUCCAUAUUGAGGAAGUUAAAUUGCCUCAUCCUAAAGAGGUCACAAGGACCAGACUCGGAGCAUCCUCAUUUUUGCCCAACUUCAUACAAUUGCACCUGCAUCCUGAGAAAAUCGAUGCCACUCCAUUUGUAUAGGAAACAAAGAUAAGUAGUCAUGCAUUUCAUCAGGAAUAAGGCUGCACAUCUCAAACAUAAGAAUGUAAGAAUUAGGAGCUGGAGUAAGCAAUUCAGCCCCUUGAGCCUGCUCUGCCAUUUGAUACAAUCAUGGCUGAUCUUACCUUGGCCUUAACUCCACUUUCUUGCCUACUCCCAUAACCCUUCAAACAAUUACUAAUUAAAAAUCUGUCUGUUUCCUUUUUAACCCAAGUUAGACCGCUAAGGAUCAGCACCCUCACAAUGAAGUGACACAAGUAAAUAAGGGCUGGUCCAGGGAAGACCCUCUUACAGAAGUGUAGAUGGGUAAAUUACAAUCAGUAAUGUAGUGUUUAUCCUGUGCUGCAUCCUGCCAGAUAUGUCUUCUCCGGUCUGUCAUUAAUUUUUAAACUGGGUCAGCUUAAGACCCCUUAAGCUUUGGAAUGACAUUAGUCUGCAAGCUCUUGCAGCUUGAGAAUAAAUUCGAGCGGAGUCACCAGUAAAUCUUAGGUUUACACCUGAGUUGUGACAGAAUUUAUUUCCAUGACCCCCAUGCCCACUGAAGGUGCUGGUUGUCUGUAAUGGGACAGUUCUUCUAGCAGCCCACUAGUAUCCAUGUGGUGAACUGUUUGACUAUAGCAACACAUUUGAACACGAUCCUGUCCUUAUCCAAUGUCCAGAGCAGUCACAAGGCAGAUAUUAAGGGCAUGAAUGCUAGCUGGUUCCUCCCCCACCACCAGGUUGAAGGGCACUGAGGUUUAUGGUACCAUUCCCCGCCCCUGCUUUGUCUGCACCACAGACCAGGGUUUGAACCUGACGCCUUUUUUUUAUCUGUGUUGUGAGUAGAGUCUGGUACGUUUUCUUACUGAGGCUGGGUUAUUGCUCCAGGUUUUGAAAAAUCUUGGGAGUCUACUGACAGUUUAAAUUCAACUAAUGCAAUUUAUUUUACACCUGCUGUCUGAAAAGAAAAUAUCUGAUUUUAUCUUUAAAAUUUGAGUACUCUGACCAACUGAGAAACCAAUGAUUAUGUACUGUUUACCCAGGAAGUAAAGGAAACCUUUUUAAUGGUUAGAGUUUGAUGUUUAAAAGGACUGCGGAUAUCUGCAGCAACCUGCCACAUUGCAGGAGAGAGGGAGAUGGAGGAAUUAUGCUAAUUUGCAUUUUUAAAGGUUUUAUGGAUAUGUUAUAAUGUUGUAUUAGUUUGAAGAGGAUGUCACUGUCACUCAGAUUUUGGUUCAGAUUGUGUAGGACACAAUUGUGUAGUGCAGUUUUACAUUACUGCUCUUUUUCACUGGAAUCUCACAUCCAUGCACUUUCCAGCUGAUUCACUGGGCAGUGACUAAGAGUCUCUGCUCCUAAUCCACUCUCCAUUCCUAAUCCAUAGAUUCUGAGACCAAUUGUAUUGCACCUAUCUGACAGAAAUUGGGAAGCAGGAGUCUGCUAAUCUAGCACAGGGGAGCAGCCUGUUUUGAGAAUUAAUUUUUCUGCACCUACAAUACCUGAACAAAGUUAUCUGCAGACUGGAUUAUGUACAUUUGUAUAAAAAAUGGCUUGAAAAUGCUUUAAACCUAAAGGUAUAGACCCUGCACGUGGUAUUUAUUCAAUUCAGAAUGUUUAUUCCAAACCAAAUUUUCAUUUAGAAGAUAAAUAAAUGCUAUAACAGAAAGGGAUUGUGUUUGAUGAUGUACAUUGCUUGUGUUAUGCUUAUGACAUUGGAUUAAGUUUCUUUCUGAUGACUGGGGAGGCUGGGAGCAAAGUAAGUUAAACGAACUAGGGCUGGGUCAUUUGAUUAACCCUGUCUAUGCCACAACAUUCAAGACAUAAUCACAGACUGGUUGAUACUAAAAUUUUGACAUCCUGAAAAACAAGUGGUGCUCAUAUCUUGACUUUCAACUUACGACCAUGUCAGCACUUUGCUGGUGGUGGGCUUGGAAAUGAAAUCAGCUUAAGCAGUCCCCACCCAGGUCCCUAUGGUUAGGGGCAUGGAACUAUAAACUGCUGAUUAUUAAACACAAAUUGGCUGUAAGCUAAGUGACCUCAGUCACUCAGGGAAGCCCCAAAAAUGGCUUCUCACAAUCAGAAGGCUGAAAUUGACUCUCUGGUGAGAAUUUUAUUAAUGCCCCAUCAUUACUAAGACACAGAGUGCCAUUGCUUAAACCUUGCAUGCCUACAAUAUCCAGGGACAAUAACUGUUAAAGUUAUAUUUUAUUCAGGAAGAAAUCUUUACUUCUGUUAUGCUUAUUCCCCAAUUUACACUUGACAGAUGUAGAGCUAGUGGGCAGGCUAAUGAGGUCCUUUGUAAUUUUACCAUCAGGAUAGGUGUGGGGCUCGUGGUCUUCUUGGUAAUCAUCCCUUGGCAUCCUAAUUUUCUCUUGGCAGAGAUGUAGCAUUAGCAUAUUGAAUGACCAUCCACUUAAAUGGGGUUCUGCCUGAUUGGGAGCAGAUUGAAUAUGUCUAUGAUACGUAAGCGACAGGUAGGGUGUCAGAUGCUCUUGAGCCAUUUGGUACUUUGUCAAAUUUAAUUAGCCCUAUGCUUCAAAGGAAAAAUUUUAUGUACUUUUACUAUAAAGGUCUGAUAACUCUGUUCACUUUAUGCUUUCAAACAUGCAAACAACUGGGGGAGACACAUUUAAACACAACAUUUCUGUUAAGGGCUGGAAUCCCAAGGUAGUGUCUGGCUCUAGGGCCACUCUAAGGAAUAAGGGGCUUUAGAGUGGUGGGACGUAGCCCAUUAAGCCUCAUACUUUUGAUUUCAGUAGUAGGGUGUGGAUGAUUUCCCUUUUCACUUGAUCUAUAACUGGGAAAUCGUUACUCUAAAUAGCAUCCCAUGUUUGUUUUCGUUGGAGGAGUGGGUAGAGAAUAAGCAGCACUGAUGCUCGCUCUGGUGGCUUUUCCAAGCAGACUGACUGUGAAUAGAGGUCCAGGGUACGUGGAGCAGCAACUCUGUCUGGGACACAGAUGGGAUGAAGGACAAGUGGUCAGGAAAAUGGUUGGCAAAUAUAUUAAGUGUGCCCAUGCUGCAUCUUUUGAAUACAAGUGUCUGUCUAGAAACCAAAACCUCUUCAGAUAUCGCUAAAGCACCUAUCCAUUAGAUUUCUGAGUACUAGUUGGAAGAAAGGCAUGUUCUGGAUUUCAAUUUAAGUCAGAUUGAGCAAGAGAGAUCGCAAUGCACUAAAUAAAAAGAAAUAAAUUCAUUUUCAAUUCACUAGCUGGUGGGAGAUCUUUCCUUCCCAAUAUUCUUUGCCUCAAUCACAGAAACACACAGUAGUCUAUUUAGUCAAAGACUGGAAAAUAAUCAAUUAAAGACAGGAGGGCUCCCUCAAGCUAAUGUUACAUAUUAUUUAGAUUCUUAACUGUUUACUCUUCUGUUGACCUAAGAUGUUUGUAUAUUGUAUUCAAAGACGUUUUUUAUUGUUUAGACUAUGAAUACACGUUGAUGACUUGUUCGUUACCAACAUUUAUUACUCCUCUCUUAUGAGAAGAUUUAUCAUAAUUAUGUAACCGAAAGACUCUUGACUAAUUAUCUUUGAGAGGCAAACUUUGAUAUUGGAUAAAUGUGCUUUUGCUGUUGACUUUAGCCUAUAUUUACAAUAAAAUAUGUCUAGACUGUAUACACUUACAAAAGCACGGCCAAAGUCAAAUCAUAACUGUGAGUCAAUGCAAGUAUGUUCUGUUUAUUUUAUGCAGAAUUCAUGCCUUAAUGGCUUCAACUUUAGACAAACUUGAAUUUAUUUUAAGAGUAACAGUUUUUUUUAACUUUUUGUCUGGAUGUGGGAACUAGUUCCUACCUUGAUAUUGAUGCCUGAAAGUUUGUAGCUAAUUAUCUUUCCAAAAAAUACCACCAUGAUAUUUGCAGUUAAUCUUAUGUUUGCUAUAUACUCCAUGUCCUCUUAAACACAUUGCUGGCAAGUUUUCUUUGUAAAAACGAUCCUUUUGAAUGAAUGAAAUGUCAACUUAACAGAACCUUUCAAAUAAAUAAAUAAAUUGU